UGCUAUAAAUAGCUCCCGGGCGCGGGGCCGCCGAGCAUCCCGGGGAGGCCGCGCGCGCCCCGGGCUCUGGGUCCCUCCCGGUCCCUCCCGUUGUCUUGUCCGGCCCCGCGCGGAUGGAGGCGGCGGCGGCCGGCUGUGCGCGCGCGUGAGCCCGGACGGUGCCUGCUGCUGACCAGCCGGGGAUUUAUGGAGAGGGCCUCGGGGGGCAGCUCCGGAUACUGCCGGGCCCAACAUCACUGCCGCGCGAGCUGCUGAGGAGGCCCCGGCGCCUCUGGGCCUCACCAUCGCCCCCGCCCGCCCAUGGCCCCCGCUGGCCCGCCCCGGGCCGGCCCUGCCGCCUGAGCCCCCGGGCCCCCCGCGGGACUCGCAGUUCCCCGAUGGGGUAACGUGACGGAGGCCCCGCGUGUCUGUGCCCCCGCCCGCCGCCCCCGCCCCCAGGCUGCCCCGUGGCUUCAGCCGCGCUCGGGCUUCUCCGGCCCCGGGGGCUCGGGGCGCCCCUUCCAGCGCAGGGGGCCGCUCGCCCUCCACGGGUGCCGCACGGAGCCCCGACGGCAGACUCACGCUGGGCUUCGUGAAGGGUCCCCGGCGGGGCUUCGGUGGUCCCCUUGGCCCUCCGCGGACCGGCUCCCAGAGCCGGGGGCCCGGCCGGCGCUCCGUGGGGGCUGCACGUUUCCUUCUCCGUAAAGAGCUGGACUCCUCGCUGCCCGGCUCCUCCGCCUCCCAGCUAUCUGCACCGUAUCUGUGCGGCUGGGGCGGCUUGACGAGGCCUGUUCUGGGGUCUCGGUCUCCUCAGGGCGUGGGGGGCCUUCCCUGCUGCGGUCCCACAGCCCCGUGCAGCCCUCCUCCUGGGGCCCCGCCGUGUCCUGGGGGAGCAUGGCUCGGAUGAACCGGCCCGCCCCCGUGGAGGUGAGCUACAAGAGCAUGCGCUUCCUCAUCACGCACAACCCCACCAAUGCCACCCUCAGCACCUUCAUCGAGGACCUGAAGAAGUAUGGGGCCACCACCGUGGUGCGAGUGUGCGAAGUGACCUACGACAAGGCUCCUCUGGAGAAGGACGGCAUCACCGUUGUGGACUGGCCGUUUGACGACGGGGCGCCCCCGCCUGGUAAGGUGGUGGAGGACUGGCUGAGCCUGCUGAAGGCCAAGUUCUGUGACGACCCGGGCAGCUGCGUGGCCGUGCACUGCGUGGCCGGCCUGGGACGGGCUCCGGUCCUCGUGGCUCUGGCUCUCAUCGAGAGCGGGAUGAAGUAUGAAGAUGCCAUCCAGUUCAUCCGACAGAAGCGGCGCGGAGCCAUCAACAGCAAGCAGCUCACCUACCUGGAAAAAUACCGGCCCAAGCAGAGACUGCGCUUCAAAGAGCCGCACGCGCACAAGACCAAGUGUUGCGUCAUGUAGCCGGGGGCCCCGAGCAGGCACCCCGCGCCCCGCACCCCCUGCCGCGGCUCACCUUCUGUCCCGGCGCCUCGGCACCCCACGCCUGCCGGGCCCGCUCGCCCUGCGUGCCCCAUGCCGGCCCCAUCCUCCGUUUCCCCGCGUGUCCGUGCGCUGUGUCCGCCCCUCUGGACGCGCGCCUCCCCUUCCUCCUGCCCCCGCGGCCCUGUCCCCCUCCGCGCGUCUCUCAGAGGCUCAGUGGGGCGCCCCUGGCCUUCGCCCUCCUGCCCUGCCCUCCCACCCGGUCCCCCGGGCAGCUUUCCUCUCAGGCUCCUUUGUCAGGGGGCAGGUGGACUUUUUAGCCACUGGGCCUGACCCCUCCUCCACGGCCUCGCGCCCUGACCUGUCCUUGGCACUUUCAGUGAUUGGGUCUGGAGACCGUCAGAUGUCCUGGACACUCGAAGGCAAUAAACAGGACCCUGUGGCUGUG